AUGGUUCAAACUAGCACUCCGUAUCCUAAUAUUAGGAGAUGUGUAGCCAAGACCCUGACUUUUGGUGUAGGGGUAGCCACAGGUAUCCUGACUUUGGGUGUAGGGGUAGCCACAGGUAUCCUGACUUUGGGUGUAAGGGUAGCCACAGGUAUCCUGACUUUGGGUGUAAGGGUAGCCACAGGUAUCCUGACUUUGGGUGUAGGGGUAGCCACAGGUAUCCUGACUUUGGGUGUAGGGGUAGCCACAGGUAUCCUGACUUUGGGUGAAAGGGUAGCCACAGGUAUCCUGACUUUGGAAAGGGAGAUGUGUAGCCAAGACCCUGACUUUGGGUGUAGGGGUAGCCACAGUUAUCCUGACUUUUGGUGUAGGGGUAGCCACAGGUAUCCUGACUUUGGGUGUAGGGGUAGCCACAGGUAUCCUGACUUUGGGUGUAAGGGUAGCCACAGGUAUCCUGACUUUGGGUGUAGGGUAGCCACAGUUAUCCUGACUUUUGGUGUAGGGGUAGCCACAGGUAUCCUGACUUUGGGUGUAGGGGUAGCCACAGGUAUCCUGACUUUGGGUGUAAGGGUAGCCACAGGUAUCCUGACUUUGGGUGUAGGGGUAGCCACAGGUAUCCUGACUUUGGGUGUAAGGGUAGCCACAGGUAUCCUGACUUUGGGUGUAGGCGUAGCCACAGGUAUCCUGACUUUAUGUGUAGGGGUAGCCACAGGUAUCCUGACUUUGGGUGUAGGGGUAGCCACAGGUAUCCUGACUUUAUCCACAGGUAUCCUGACUUUAUGUGUAGGCGUAGCCACAGGUAUCCUGACUUUAUGUAUAAGGGUAGCCACAGGUAUCCUGACUUUAUGUGUAAGGAUAGCCACAGGUAUCCUGACUUUAUGUGUAGGCGUAGCCACAGGUAUCCUGACUUUAUGUGUAGGCGUAGCCACAGGUAUCCUGACUUUAUGUGUAGGCGUAGCCACAGGUAUCCUGACUUUAUGUGUAAGGGUAGCCACAGGUAUCCUGACUUUAUGUGUAAGGGUAGCCACAGGUAUCCUGACUUUAUGUGUAAGGGUAGCCACAGGCAGCAAAGAUGAAUUGAUAGAGAGCUAG